AUGAACCCUUAUUUUGUUACGACAUUUCCAACGCUUUCGUCUGGCAACCACCCACUCUUCUACGUCGCGCGAAUGGAAAACCCAACUUCUAGUGAUGAGCGACGUGCUCAGGAAGUGCUUGAGCUCACAGACGCCUCGGAAAGCACAUCCGCGAAAAACGAUGAAGGUGAAGAUGGGGACACCGACGAAGAUAUGGAAGGAACUGGAGAGGAUGACGACGAAAUGGACGAAGACGCGUCCUCGAGCCUUUCGGCGGGCGACGACCUCAUAGGCGACUUGGAGGGCGUGUUAGACGGUGAUUUCGAAUUUGCAGGGAGCUACGCGUGUGGUCAGACAUUGCCACAGGCCCCCAACCCUUGCCUCACUAUCGCCGGCAUGGGUUUAGUCGGACUACCGCUGAAAGAACGCGACGCCCGUAACAUUAUUGCGUGCUCUUCGCGAGCACCUUAUGGUCACGGAGAGAGGACAGUCGUCAAUGCGGAUGUCCGGGAUACCUGGGAGAUCGAACCCGCGAAGAUCAAAUUUGACAAUCCAGCAUGGACACAAUACGUUCGGGAUCUGUCUGUUGAUGUGGUGUGCAAGGCUCUUGGUGUAUCCCAAAAGGCACCCCGUUGUGAAUUGUACAAGCUGCUUCUAUAUGAAGUCGGGUCACAUUUUCUCCCCCACACAGAUACUGAAAAGUCAAACGGCAUGUUCGCGACGAUGAUUAUCAUCCUACCAUCUGCAUACACAGGAGGCCAAGUGCACGUCUCACAUUCCAAUCAAAAACAAACCUUCGAUUUCUCAUCCACAUCCCUUUCCUCCACAGCCGUCUUGGCAUGGUACACGGAUGUCAAACACGAAGUAAAACCCGUCACCUCCGGCUACCGUCUAGCCCUCUCCUACAACAUCAUUCACACUGACAUAGGCAUCCCUCGUCCCACUCUCCCCGAUACACACAAGUUUGUCACCGAUCUGUGUCGUAUUUUGAGGAAGUGGCGCGAAGACUUUUACGAGAACACUCCGGACGAUAACAUGGCUGCCUACCUCCUGGCGCAUCAUUACAGCUCCAAAAACCUCGCCUCUGGGAUGUCUGCUCUGAAAGGCAGUGAUACACAUAAAGUCGCACAUCUUAAACCCAUCGCAGAGGAGCAAGGAUUUUUAGUGUGCUUAGCCAAUCUGGAGUACAUGGUGUCCGGAGUGGCAGAUGCUGACUACGACAGGCAAAUGUGGAAACGCCAGAGGUUUGACAGUAAUGAGGAUGAGGACGAGGAUGAAUUUGAACCAUGCAUGGAAGAAGUUCUCGAGUCGAGUAUGACGCUCAAGAACCUUUUCGACCUUCAAGGCAACUCGUUAUGGGGGUCACAUGAGAGCCAUAUCAAUGAUGAUUCACUUGUUCCACGGGAACCUUUUGAGGAUGCGGAACCUGAUGAUAAGGCUUAUGAGGGAUACACCGGGUACCGCAGAACGGUUUUGAUCCUCGUCCACGAAAGCGAUGCAGGCCAUGCACUGUUUAACACAGGCGGGAUACACUACGCACUAGAAGCACUCCGUGGAUCAGAAGCCGAGCCCACUCCACCAACUGAAAAUAACAAACGCCUAGCGGCCCUUGUGGUCAAGUACGUUUCCAGCAGGGACAAAGGGACUUUGACUUCCAUGUUCAAUCUCGCAUUGAGGUGGAAGAAUUUAGAAUUAUGGUUUUCUGUUAUCUAUCGCUCUGGGGCGAACGCCUUACAGUCUACGUUUGUCCAGAAGCAGUUGGUCAAGGCUUGGAAGACGUUUGGUUUCAUUAAUGUUGUGCAGAAUGGACUCGGCACCCGCCUUGACUUCACUCAAGCACUUCCUGCAUACGCUGCUGUUCAUGAAAGAGAGGCCGUAUUGCAGUGGUGCCAGAAAGAAACGGAUCACGCAAUGACCACGUAUCGCUUGGCCGACGUCGAGGACAUCCCCACUCUUCUCUCUAUAAGCCAGACAAGGGGGAUAGGAUAUCUGAAGGAUGUCGUCCUAUCCAAAGUAACGAAGGGUUCAGGGUUCUUCAAGUUCUCGCUUGCUCUAGUUACCGCAAUCGACAGUAACAAGCAGUCCAUCUUCGGACAACUAUCAUCCCUUGAAGAUAUCAAUGCCUGUUUGGAUAGUUGCUUGGAGGCCGCAGCCGAGCAGUGGGGGGGCACUACACCCACCAAACCGGUCUACAACUCUCAUACAAGAACCAACACCUUUCCAUCGCACACAGGCAUUCCCCUCAUCAUCGACUUUGUGAAAGUGUGCAUCGCCACCGGCCGUAUGCAGUCCUGUAGAAUCCUCUUUCAUCGAGUCCUCAAAAGCGAGGGUGAGAUCAAGCACAAGUUCCAAACCCUCUUCAUCCCAAUGAUCAAACCACUCCGUGAACUCCUGAACAAGGAAGGCGUGGACGUCAGCUCUGGCCCCUUCCACGACCUCUUCCAUCUCCUGAUUGGGUCGUACCUCCAAGACGUAUUGGGUGCAAAACCACGCCUGAUCGCAAGGACAAAACUACGUAAAAUCGGGUGUGGCUGUGCUGAUUGUGAAAACGUUGAUACGUUUCUGUUCUCAACCCAGUCGGCAGAGUUGACCCUUCGUCUAGUGAAAGCACGAAGGCUUCAUGUGGAAAGCAGGCUUAACACCGCCUCCGACCUCCUUACAUACCAAGUCAUUCAUGGAAGCCCUUAUAGGCUUCACAUAACGAAGACGGCUGAGACUGUCGAGGCGGGGAGGUGGUCAGCGCGGCAGACGAAUGCGCGUUCGUUUUUGAAGAAGGUUGGGGAGGAUGAUGUGUUACAGAAGGUGAUGGGGACGCGGUGGGAUGACGUGAGGAAGGCCAUACAGGGAACUGAACCUUUCAAACUCGCACAAGUUGCUCCUGUGCGGAAUCCUCCUCACCCUCAGGCGGCGCCUCGGUCGAGGGGUGCUGAGCAGAUGACUGGUCAACAACCGGUUGUUUUGGGGCCUGUGAUUGACCUCACAGAUGACAACCCAUGA